AUGCCUGUGUUUCUCUGCCGAACUACCAUCCUGGUGGGAGACAGCGGAGUGGGGAAGACAUCACUGUUGGUCCAGUUUGACCAAGGCAAAUUCAUCCCCGGCUCUUUCUCUGCGACUGUUGGAAUUGGAUUUACCAUACUCCAUCGCCUAGGGGUUGCCCCUGGCUGGCAAUUUGUGGAUGUCUUAGGGUUUGAGAAAGACAUCUUGAGUGCUGUGCCGACUCCAACUUGUGCAGUACUUCUGCUCUUUCCCCUUACGGCUCAGCACGAAAACUUCAGAAAAAAGCAGAUUGAAGAACUGAAGGGCCAAGAAACGAGUUCAGAUGUCUACUUUGUGAAGCAGGCUGCCAGUAACUCUUGCGGAACCAUUGGCCUCAUCCACGCAGUAGCUAAUAAUCAAGAUAAAAUACGAUUCGAUGAAGGAUCUGCACUAAAAGAAUUCCUCACUGCGACAGCUGGGCUGUCUCCAGACGAGAGGGCAAAACGUCUGGAGAACAACAAGGCCAUUCAAGAAGCCCACAAUGCAGUUGCCCAAGAAGGCCAAUGCCGGGCUGAAGAUGACAAGGUGAACUUCCAUUUCAUUCUGUUUGCCAGCGUAGGCGGACACCUCUACGAACUGGAUGGAAGAAUGCCAUUCCCUAUCAAGCACGGAGCCAGUUCAGAGGACGCCAUGCUCAAGGCAUCGGCCGAGAUCUGCCAGCAAUUCACCCAGCGUGAGCAAGGAGAGGUGCGUUUUUCUGCCGUGGCCUUGUGCAAGGCUGCUUGAAGUUUGGCAACGAAAACAGAUCCUUGGCCUCUCACCGGAUGUAGUUUAAGCCUAUAAGGCUUUAGUACUUAUGUUGAAAACUUGAGAAAACAACAACAACAACCACAACAACGUGAAAAGCAAGCCAGCUGUUCUUAGUUUCGAAUUUAAGGUGUAACGCAGCUUCGGUGGCCCCUGUCCCAAAGACGAAAAUUCACGCAAAAGUGUCAGACGUUGUUGAGACUCCCUUAACUGUUGUGUGUGUAUGUGUGUAUAAAUGCUUUAUAGGCUUUUGUGAUUUCCCAGGUUCCUUUCAAGUGGCUGUGACUGUCCAUCACAACAAUAAAUCCCUUCUUGCUAUUCCGGAAAA